AACAUUUUGUAAUUUUUGUUUUUUAUUUUUAUCUUAUUAAAAUGCAUUAUUAUUUUUCUUGCUAUUCAAGAACAUUUUGUAAUUUGCCGCUUUAAAAAUGUUCACCAAGUAAUCAGCAGGCUGCGCUAGCUGUCGAUCUGUCGGCUGUCAAAAGAAAAAUGUCUUCUCUGUCCCUCCCUUCUCCCUACACUCCACGAGUCCUGAUUCCUGACAUGACGUGAAUUAUUACGAUUAACAAUAUUUGAGAAAUGAAGAAGCCCUUAUUCUUGUGAUAUUUUUAUUAUAUGAUGCCCCCAUAGAUCUAUAGCCUACAGCCCCUCCGUUCAGUAUUGUCAAAAAUAGGAAAAUUAAACAUAUCGCUUCAAAACCAACUCUAAAAUGGCUAGUGCAGUUGAAGAUAGGGCACAAUAUUCGUUGGAUUCGUUGGAUAGAAGUCCCACCAAAGGAAAUGCUGACUACAGAGGAUUCAACCAAGAUGCUCCUCGUAUUCCAUCAGCAUUGGUAGCUUCUACUUCGCAAAAGGAUCAGCCUAGCUCGAGCAGUGCAAAUGCCACCCCCUCUGCCACCCCACAGUCGGCCAUCACUUACUUGCCUCCAGCUCCAAACAUCGACUCGGGACCCGUGCCAACUGUUCAAAAUGUAGUUUCGACAGUGAACACGUGCUGCCAACUAGACCUGCGUAAGAUAAACUUCUAUACGAGAAAUUCGGAAUACAACCCUGGCAGGUUCUGUGGAGUUGUGAUGAGACUGCGUGAGCCCCGUGCUACGGCAUUGAUCUUCAGCUCGGGCAAAAUUGUCACCACUGGAACCAAACAUGAAUCAAGUGCGCUCCUAGCGUCAAAAAAGUUUGUCCGCAUCAUACAAAAGUUGGGCUUCAAGGUAAAAUUCCAGAGCUUCAAAAUUCACAACAUGGUCAGUACGUGUGAUCUCCGGUUUCCUAUUCGAUUGGAGAACCUCAACCAGGUGCAUGGCCAGUUCAGCAGUUACGAACCAGAACUGUUUCCUGCGCUGAUUUAUCGCAUGGUCAAGCCGAGAGUCGUUCUUUUAAUAUUUGUGAAUGGAAAAGUUGUGAUAACAGGAGCGAAAAGCAGGGAAGAAACUCAAGAAGCCCUCGACAACAUUCACAAAGUACUGAAAAGUUUUCGAAAAUCCUGAAGGAAUUAAACUCAAAUUUUCCAAAA